AUGAAUGCCUCAAAGGAUUAAAAGCAGCUUUAGUCGCACCUUCAUGAUUAGGAGACUGCAAAAAGGAUGCUAAAGGUGCAGUCACUAAAAGAUUUCCAAUUACCCUCAAUUUCGAAAUAGCAGUCAAGCAUGAUCGAGUCAAGUAAGGUCAUUGGAGGGGUGUCCACAGGAGGAGCUUAAAAUAUGGGAUAUAAGUAAAAUAGCUAGAGGAUAGACAACAGUCUGGCUCAUCAUUAGUCAGUUCUCAACCCCUUAUAUACAUCGAGACUUGACUUGAAGCUUCAGUGUAACUUGAAACAUUUAUUAAACUGUAUAGUACCAUUUGACAUGUCGCACAUGAAUAUAAGUUAUAACAACAUGACUCAGAGAGAUAACGUUAGGGUUACAAAGCAAGUUGUCAAACUAAAGAAGAAGGAUGAGUACCGAGGAGAAUUCCUUAAAAACUUAGUAACCGCUAAAGGAGGCGAAAUCAUUAAAAACCUGAGAAUGAAUUCACUUGGAGCAGGAACUUAAAGAUCAAUUAUUGAUGACAAAUUGAAAACUGAUGACCGUCUAUCCCAAAUUCUUUAUAAGAAAAACUAUGCUGACAUUAAGAUAGAUAAGAACAAUAUUUCCUCAAUCAAACCCUUUUUGUUCAACCCUAAAAAGGAUGCCUAGACAGGUGUUGACUACAAUAAUGACUCAGAUCACAAUGCUAAUGACCACAAUAACAGUAGUUCUAAUUUCCACUCUAAUCCUCAUCUGAACCUGUCCAAGCCAUUGAAACUUGAUCUCUCACAUAACAAAUCAAUGAUUAAAGACGACAAUGUCUACCAGAGUUACAAGUCCAAUCUUGAGAAGAAAGGCUACUUUAUGACACAGCCAUACGAGUCUAGCAAAAAUAAAUACAGCAACUCUCCUUCUAGAAAUCCGGAAAGAGAAGGAGGCGAGUAUUGCUAGCAUUGCCAGCACUGCAAAGCUAAGGAUGUCCUUGAACCCAAUGACUAUUUGUUUAUUGAGAAGUACAAUUUUGGAGAACUUAAAUAAAAUCAUAAUGCUAGUCAAAGUGGGUUGAUAUCAGAUUCGAACGCCUUACUAAAAGAGAGGAUGGCAAUUGACAAAGCUCUGAAUGAACUCAUUCAGAAUAAAAGAUCUCUCAAAGAAAUCAUAAGUGAGGAGACUAUAAAUCAGUUGGUAGAGACGAAGUUGUAUAAAGGGAUUACAGAGAUGCACAACUAGGACUUGAUCAAAAUGAUGACAUCAAUAGAUCAUGACGACCUGAAUGUGCGCUACGUCAGCGAGAUCACAGACUCAAAUCAAAUAACUAAUUAAAUCUCGCACUUUGAAUAUCUUCAGCUAAUCAAUGAAAAUUUCAAGGACACUCUGGCCAACUACUUAAUGCAGCAGAAGGAAUCUGAUGAGACCUUUGAGUAUUAGAUUAGCAAGCAGUCCACUUUAGAAAAGUUAAUGGAUCGCAAAUUGAUAUUACACUAAAGAGCCUAAUCUAGCGACUAUAAUAACGGCAAUAAGAUUCUUCUGCCUGAUCUUUAACUCAAUGUUCACGAAUAGCUGAGGUAUAAAUCAAUGGCAAUAUACAUAGGAAUCUAAGAGGUCAUAAGACAGCUGAUUGAUGCAGCCAGUUCUAGUAGUCUAACAACUGGCUCUGACUAUGGCAAAGAUCGUGGUCUCUUCUUAAUCAGAUUAAUCAAAGAAUACUUUAAGGAAAAUGAGCGGAAGUGGUAUCAAAUCAUUAAGAAGAUAGGCACGUUCAACAAGGUCUUGAAGUAAGAUAGAGAACUGUUGAUGUGCAAGUACAACAUUGAUGUGAAGAUGGAAAUACCUAAAGUGAUUGAUAACAUGUCUGACACUAUCGAGAACUUAGUCAACCACAAACGCAUCAUCAAGACUAUAAUUGGGAAACUGAACUAGGAGGAAGACUAAAGACUGAAACUAAACAAAGAACUAAAGACGCUAAGGAAACAAAUUGAUACUCUAGUGUUUGAUGCUAAUGAGCUUUUGAACAAUCAAGAGCUAAUGGAUAGGUUAAAGAGUAUCAAGACAAGUGAGAUCUACGACUUCUAUGCCAAAUAAGCCAAGGAUGAGGAUAAAAAGGCUAUAGACAUAGCAUUAAUGGUGAACUCUGAUAGAUUUGCAAAGGCAGCAAAGGAAUUGAGGAGCUAGACUCAGAUAAGCUUUGAACAUAUGACUAAAUAGCACGAUAUCGUGAAAGAAGAAAGGAAUAAAUUUAAAAGAGAGUCCAAGUAUUAUGAGAAGCAGUACUAUGACGCCAUGGAAAAAAUUAGAGAAAAGGAAAAGGAAAUGAAAAACCUACAGAAUUUCCUCAAAAGUGGAAACUAAGAUGCUAAAUUCUGGAAAGAUUAUUUUAAAGAUGAGGAAAGCAUCGAAAUCGAGCCAAUCAAGAUAGAAAUUGGAAGACUUGAUAGUGCUCAGGACAAGAACUCUGCUAAUAAUGAGGUGAUAGACAAAGAUGGAAAGAAAAAGUAACUAUUUCCCUCUAGACAGGCUGAGGAGAGAUAUCAAAUGAUAAACUAUGAGCCAGUCUCUAAAGAAUAAGUAUUAGAAUUCAUAGUUCAUAUAUACUCUAAGAAAGCUCAAGAAAUGGGAAUGAGACCCUAGAACAAAGACUUGACUGAGCUUGAAUUUGAAGAGAGCAUUUACCAAUUCUUUAAGUAAAGAUAUCAAGGAGAUGUUAAGACCCAGCAACAGUGUCUCGAGUUUCUUCUGGGACUGAAAUUCUAUGCCAAUAAGGAUGAAAGAGUUGAGACAUUCAUGAGUUUCCUACCCACUUUAGAUAGCCAAGCUAACUAAAACAAUGAACUGAGACUUGAACUAAUUCACUCAAGUUCCUCUUAUGGUCCCAGUAUUGAUGAACAUAGAAAGUACUCAAAGGAUGUCCUAGAUUUGUAUGUGAAAUUGAUGAAGUGCACUGAUUGCAGCAUAAACUAGAUAUUGCAGCAAUCCACUGAAUAAUCAGUUGUAAGCUAUGCAGCCAAAUACUAUUUCGAGAGAACUGAAAGAAAUGUCAUCUUCAAUGCCUCUGUCUAGAUUAAGACUUAACUACUCAGGAAUUUAGUCUAUGAGAGUGAUGUUUACAUUGAUAGUAAAAGAGUUACAUCAACAAAAGAUCUGAACAUCCAGGUCAGAUUUGAACUUUAUAUUCUCAUGGAGUUUUAUAAAUCUACUGAAGCUGUAGAUAUUCAGCACUUUGCUCAAAUACUGGAGAAAAAGUGCAAAACAACUAAUGAAUAUGGAUUGGCUUAAUAUGAGGAAUUCCAAAAGGUAUUCUUUUAGUAUCUUGGCUACUGGGAUUAGCUCGUUGCCUUCCAGUUCUUUACCUUUGAUGAUUUGAUUUCAAAGUAUUUCCCCAAGAGUAUUAAGAAUGUUGAUGGGCAAAGACUUGUCGGGUUUAAGGGCAUGAGAACUUUCUAUAGGUAGAAAUAUGAAUUAAAGCUUGAUACCAUGAAAUUCCUCAAUGUAGCAAUGAAGAUUACAAUUAUGUUCUAUCAAGAGGCAAAGUUCUUUUACAACAGAAUCUUCAACUAAGUAGAUGCAGAGGGCAGAGGACUCAUUGAGUUCCAUUAGUUCUAGCAACUCAUCAAGAAGAUUAAGCCAGACUUGCCACAUUGGAAAAUCUUUGCUAUAUUCCAAUCAACUUCAAACUAGGAUAAAGUAGAUGUAGGGAAAGUCAGUUUCCCUCAAUUCCUUCGCAGCUGCUUGAAUCAUAACUUAAUGGAAGGCCUCAUGAAUAUUGACUUCUCUUCUAUUAAGGAACAGCAUGAAAGCUAGGAAAAAGAAGGAAGUGGCUAAGGCAGUAGAAGAUCACCAAACAUUAAGGACAUAAAGAGAAAUAGACAGCUUAGUCAUAGUCCUAACUUUAGAGCGAAGUAAUUCUCCUAAGGUAUCGGUGGAGGAAGAGGCAAUGAAAAGAUCAAACUAAUCUAAUUCUGA